CCAAAAUUUAGGCUCUACGCCUUUGAAGCCCCAUUAGAUCUUCAAAAGCAACACAGAUUUCAGUACAUGGCUCCACUUCAACACUUCAGUUGCAGAAAGGUACCCCUCUUUUAUCUUCUUUUCUUUGUCUUCACUUCCAUCUUCUCUUCUGCCUACACAGAAACCCAACCAUUAAGUAAUGUCUUUUCUGGAAGAAGAGUUCUGUUAGAGGUACAGAAGGAAGAUCAGACAAUAAUUAAGAAGAAAUCCACUACACUCUCCACCAAAAACCAAACCAAACUCAUCAAACCCACCACAACUAGUUCAACCAAAAACCAAACCAAACUGUUCAAACCCACCUCCAUUAAUGUAUCCAAAAACAAAACCAAACUCAUCAAACCCACCGCAGAUUCAACCAAAGAAAGUUCCACCAUGAAAACCCAGUUCAAAAGGCUCAACUCCACCUCAAAGCCCUCAAAUUCAAACAAAUCCAGUACACUUGUCACAAUGAAAUCCUCAGAUCUGGUUAAACCAAGCACACCCAAGAACAAAACAACCAAACCCAUCACCAAAAAACUAAACCAAUCCCAAACAGACAAGAAGCUCAGUAGUGAACUCCAAUCCAAAACCCAGGUCACAGACAAAAAAACGAAGCCUCAAAAGACCCCAAAACAACCAAGUUGGAUUGAUAAAGAAGAUGAAGAUGAUUUAGUUUCAGAAUUCAGAGAUCUACCCUCCAAAUUUCAAGAAACUUUCUUGCCCGAUAUGGAGAGAAUUUCCAAAAGCUCCAAGAUUUAUCUCACAAAAGCCAACAAAGAGAUCACAAAAGGGUUCAAACCUAUAGUGGGUAAUAAAUAUGCACCUACCAUUGCCUCCGUAGUCUCAUUUGCCUUCAUUUUAAUCCCUCUCAUUCUAGUCUCUCUCAUAUUCAAUCGUAUCAAAGCCUAUUUCUCUCUCCAAAAGCUCUUGAUCUUCAUCCAAGUUUAUCUCUCUAUAUACUUCUCUAUCCUCUGCCUAUCUUCACUGGUCACUGGCCUCGAGCCUCUAAGGUUUUUCUACGCUACUUCGCAGUCCACAUACAUCUGUGUGCAGGUGUUCCAAACCCUUGCUUAUGUGUUGUACCUUCUGCUUCUGUUGAUGUACCUGGUUCUGGUGUUCUCCACUGAGACUGGGCUGGUCUCUAAGUUGUUGGGCCUGGGCCAGACUUUCGUGGGCUUUUCUGUUGGGCUCCAUUACUACAUGACGGUGUUUCACAGGGCUGUGCUGCGUCAACCGCCCAAGACCAGUUGGAGAGUUGACGCCAUUUAUGCCACGUGUUUCUUGGUGAUUUGUCUGUUAGGUACGGCUGAGAGAAGGAAGAAGGCUUACUUGGAAGAAGGUGGUGAGGAGGGCAAAAAGAGCUAA